GAACAAUGCCCUAUCUUCUCGUUACUCUCUGUUGUUUGUUCGCCAGUCUAGGCUCCUUUUUAUUUGGUUAUGACUCCGGGGUGAUAUCCUCUGUUAUCGACCAGGAUUCCUUCAAAUAUCGCUUCCACAAUCCUUCUGAUGCAGCGACAGGGGGUAUCGUUGCAUCCUAUAAUGGCGGUGCCAUUCUAGGCUCGGUCUUUGUCUCCUACCUCUCUGACCCUUGGGGGCGAAGGCCUGUUCUCUUCACCGGUGGCCUCCUCGCUAGCCUUGGGGCCGCGUUGCAGGCUGGCGCUGUCAACGUGUCCAUGCUCAUUGCAGGCCGUUUAAUCGCUGGUCUUGCUAUUGGCUUGAUGUCCGCCAUUAUCCCAGUGUAUUGUAGUGAGCUAUCUCCUCCCCGUAUUCGUGGCAUCCUAGGUUCACUGCAGCAAUGGAUGAUUGGGCUCGGAGUUGUUGUAGCUCAAUGGGUGGGAUAUGGCUGCUCUCUCCGUACGGGAAAUUUCAGCUGGAGUUUCCCCUUGGCAUUUCAAGCAGUCCCCGCCGUGAUUCUUAGCUGUGGUGUCUGGUUUCUCCCUGAAUCACCUCGUUGGCUCAUAGAAAAGGGCGAUCCAGAUGCUGGUCGGGCGGUCUUGAACCGCCUCCAUCUACCUAGGGGACAGCCGAACGCUCUACCAGUCGACGCGGAAUUUGAGCGAAUCUCCGCGGGUAUUGCGGAGGCCCGGCAUUCAGCCAACCACUCAUGGCGACAGCUUUUGUUCACACAGCCUAAUUGGCGCAAGCGUGUGCUGCUUGCCUGUGGCAUGCAGGCUUUUACACAAUGCUCGGGCACGAAUGUGCUCCAGAACUAUAACCCAAGUUUAUAUCGAUCCUUGGGCUUGUCGCAAUCCACUUCGCUCAUCCUGCAGGGCAUCUGGGGUGCAUUGGCCCAGUUUUGGAACACCGUAUUCAUACUCUUCAUCGAUCGGGUCGACCGUCGCAAACUUCUCAUUCCGUCGUUGCUGGGUAUGGGCGCCACCAUGUGCGUGGAGGCUAUCCUGGGGCAAGUGUACAAUAACUUUGAAAGCGUGGCGUCACCGAAUCACAGUGCCGUCCGUGCUGCAAUCGCUGUAUUCUUCGUCUUCUCGUUCUUUUAUACUAGUCUCGGGCUCAUCUCUUGGAUCUAUCAAUCCGAGAUUUUCCCCACUGCCAUUCGCGCCCGAGGCUCUUCUGUAGCCACCGCCACCAAUUGGAGUUUGAAUUUGGUUUUCGCUCAGUGUUCGCCGAUCGCCCAGUCGCAAAUUCAGUUCAAAUACUUCUACUGUUUCGCGGCCUUCAACUGGGUUGCGGCGGGUCUCGUUUGGGCCUUGUAUCCGGAGACGGCCGGCAAGUCGCUCGAGGAAAUUGACCGUCUCUUCACUCCAGAAACCUCGGGGCCCGCUUAUGAUGCAGAAAAACCUCACAUUUCAAUGUCGAAUUCAAGAGAUAAGGAUUCCCUGGCGAUCGUUAGUACGCGGGAUACUAGCAGUCAUACUUCCAAAAAUUGA